AUCAAAUGGAUUCUCUUGACUGAAUAUCAUCUGAUAGAACUAUGGAAAUUGAAAAUGAAAGCGACUCUUCAUCGGGAAGCAGUUUAUUUAAAACACAAUGUGUUCCUCUUUCACCUAAAUGGAGGCAAGUAGACUUUAUCAGAAAAUCUACUCUUACUCAUUCACUUGAAAGUGUUCAAACAGAUUCAAGUGACUCAUCCAUAGAACCAAGACCAUUGACUUUAAAAGCUAUUUUUGAAAGAUUCAAGCAAAAGAAGCGGAAACGUAAAAAGAAGAAAUAUAAACGAAAAUUAACACCACGAGGAAGACCAAAAGGCAGAAAAAACACUAGAAGGUCCCAGAUAGAUAAGAAACAAAUUAAAGACAAAGGAUCAAGGUUUCAAUUUUUGCAAACUGAGAGUGGGAAAAAAACAUUACCAUGGAGGAAAAUUUUAACCUUUGAGCAAGCUAUUGCAAGAGGGUUCUUUAACCACAUUGAAAAACUGAAGUAUGAACACCACCUUAAGGAAUCAUUGAAACAAAUGAAUGCUGGUGAAGAUUUAGAAAAAGAAGAUCUGGAUAGUCGUAGAUACAAAUAUUUGGAUGAUGAUGGAUCCAUUUCUCCUAUUGAAGAAACGAUAGGUGAAGAUGAGCCUGCACAUCAUGAACCUGAUUGUGAUAUCCAGUUGGUAGAGCACAAUUGUUUCAUAAUAAGUUCUAAAUUCCCAAAGAAAAGGAAGGCAGAUUUAGAACAAACGAAUAAAGAAGUUACACUGUCUAAGAAGAGAACUAAGGGGAAAGAAACUAAUGGGAAAAAAAAGAGAUUGGGCUGAAAAGGAGACAAAACAUGUGAAUGACAAGGUAAACUACAGCAAGAAUGACUUUGCAUAGGAAGGUUAAAUGUGAAUGUAUGAGCCAGCUUGGGAUGAAGAAUAUAUCAAGAACAUCCAAAGGAGAAGAAUAAGAACAUCUGGAGUAUAUGAAAGAGAACAAAGUGGUUAAAAUUGGAAACUGAAGAAAGGGUUGGAUUUCUUCCCUAAGUAGUAGUCCUGCUGUUUUACUGAUUAUAGGUAUUACUGCACUAUUGAAACAAGGGAUUUUAAUUUUCUUGAAAUAACUCCUCUUUGUGCCUCAGUGUUAGAACUGUAGGUGUUAGUCACCAUGUCAAGCUGUAACCAACUUAUUAAUGAGGGUAUGUGAAGGGAAAAGUGAUCUUUGUUGAAUGUUUGACAUUGUUAGAAAAAUUAAAUAGGUUCCCCAUGCAUUGGUGAUUUCACUCAAGGUCCUAAAUUCAAUCUCUGGCACCAUAGAGUCUCACCUGUAAUACCUUUAAACUAAUGUAAUUAACAUUGUUCCUAAAUAUGUAUUGAUGUGUAUUGGAGCACUUGUGUGUGUGCCUUUGUUUAGUUGUGUAACAAAGCCUUACAGACAGGUGCAAACAGUAAAUCCUCUUUUGCAACCCAGAACUCAUUGUUGAAUAUGAGAUUUUGGUACAUCUAAGAAGGAAUAUGAUUCCUACAACAGUUGGCAAUGUGGGGCUUUGUUAACUCACACAGGUUGGCUCUGAAUAAAGUUGAUAUAAAAGCUAAUUGAUGCUUCUGAGACUUAGUAAGCAUUUCAGUUUUCAUGUGAUAACAUGAAGGUGGCUUUGUUUUUAAGGCUUCUGUCUUGAGAACUUGAGGUCUCGAGUUGAAGAUAAAUUUACUGUGAAUGGAUCAUACAGUAUUAGCAUGUCCAAGACUUGCCUGCAAUAUAGGUAAGUUUUAAUUGCCAAUAAAAUCUUUUAGGAAUAUCAUUUUGGUUCUAAUGAUGAAUGUAACUGUUCAACUGCUGCAUGAUACAGAAUGAACUGGAACUUAAUUCUGACAGAGCUGAAUAUUCAUUCUGAAUGUAUAAUACCUUCCCAUUUUUGUAACUAGAGCAUCCUAAACUUUUCUUUGAUAUUUUCUCAGGAGAAAUUACUUUGCCGCUGACUCGUAGAACUGGGCAGGUGGCUAGCUGUUGAAAUCAAGCAGUUGGACUUAACCUUAAAAAUGAUCGCCAAAUAAUUUGCUUGAGGAAUGUCAUUUCAAAGACCAGGUAAGAAUCUUUUCUCCUAAGUUGUGUGAUGCUCUGUAGCACUGCUGCACUAGUUAGCAAUCUCACUGCAGCCAAAUUUAUUUUUUUUCACUGACUAUUAGAGGAACAAAGAUCAUGUUUACUUGGCUGACAUGUUAUGAUGAUGGGCAAAAUGUUCAACUGCUCUGAAUGAGCUGAAUGAAGUUGCCUUUCUGAACAUCCACAGAAGGAACUUAACCUUUCAAAUUCUGGACUUGAGGGUAGAUCAGAAAAUGUUGAAUUUUGAAGUUGUCAUCAGUAUUAUAGAAGAUUUGUGGUAGGUAAGUUUUCUCUUAACUGCAAGCAAACUGUUUAGAUUGCAAUGGUCAAUUACCAAGGCUUAUAGAAUGCAGUUUCUAGUUUGCCGUGGACAUGACCAUA